AUGCCGUCGUCCACCUACGUGUCUGCGCCAGCGAGCGCGCCGUCCCACUUCGUCGAGACGCUCGGCAAGCUGUCGUCGUCCCUCCCCGAGCUUCCCGCCGUCGAGUGGUCGGCCAAGACGGUGGCCACCUCGGUCCUCGCCAUCGUUGUGACCCUGCUCCUCGCAGAGCAGGUCCUGUGGCGCUCGCGCAAGCAGGCGCUCCCCGGCCAUGCGUGGCAGAUUCCGGUCAUUGGGCAGUUCGCAGAGUCGCUCAACCCGUCCAUGGAGGCCUACAAGCGCUCCUGGGCAACGCCGCUCGCGUCUGUCUCCGUGUUCAACAUCUUCAUCGUCAUCGCCUCGACCACCGACUAUGCUCGCAAGAUCCUCAACUCGUCGACCCUCGCCGAGCCGUGCCUCGUCCGUUCGGCCAAGCAGAUCCUCUUGCCCGAGAACUGGGUCUUCCUGAACGGCAAGGUCCACAACGAGUACCGCAAGGGCCUCAACGUCCUGUUCACGCCCAAGGCGCUCGAGAUCUACCUUCGCGUGCAGGACACGAUCUACCGCAAGUUCUUCGACUCGUGGGUCGCCAACCCGAACCCGAGCCCGGAGCCCUACAUGAUGAAGUUCCGCAACCUCAACAUGUUCACGUCGCUGCGCGUCUUCUGCGGCGAGUACAUCGCCGAGGACGCGGCCGAGGAGAUCUCGAGCAAGUACUGGCAAAUCACCAAGGCGCUCGAGCUCGUCAACUUCCCGUUCGCGUUCCCGGGCACCAAGGUGUGGAACGCGUGCCGUGCGCGCGAGGUCGCCGUCAAGCACCUGAGCAACGCCGCCGCCGCGUCCAAGAAGGCCAUGGCGCAGGGCAAGGAGGCCGACUGCCUCCUCGACGCGUGGGUCGAGCAGAUCCUCGCCAAGAAGGUCCGCGAGUACACCGACAAGGAGAUGGCGCUCGUCCUCCUCUCGUUCAUCUUUGCCUCGCAGGACGCCAUGUCGUCGUCCAUCACGUUCGCUUUCCAGCUCCUCGCCGACAACCCCGACAUCCUCGCCAAGGUCCGCGAGGAGCAGACUCGCGUCCGCGCCGGCGACCACGAGUCGCCCAUGUCGCUCGCCUGGCUCGAGCAGAUGCCCUACACGAAUGCCGUCACCAAGGAGGUCUUGCGCUACCGCCCGCCGGUCAUCAUGGUGCCGUACCUCACCAAGAAGCCGUUCCCGAUCAACGACGAGUACACCGUUCCCAAGGGCACCAUGCUCAUUCCCUCGUUCUGGAACUCGCUGCACGACCCGGCCGUCUACCCCGAGCCCGAGGAGUUCAAGCCCGAGCGGUGGCUGCCGGGCGGCGUCAACGCCAACGGCACCGACUCGAAGAACUGGCUCGUCUUCGGUGCGGGUGCGCACAAGUGCAUCGGCCAGAACUACGUCUACAUGCACAUGUCGGCCGUCAUCGGCUCGGCGGCGCUCUUCCUCAACUGGGAGCACGAGGUCACGCCGCUCAGCGAGGAGAUUGAGAUCAUCGCCACCCUCUUCCCCAAGGACGGCUGCCGCCUCAAGUUCAGCAAGCGCGAGGUCGAGCACUGAGCUCUCCUCGUUGCGCUCUCUCUCUCUCUCUCUCUCUCUCUCCUGUCGGUCUCUCCCUACUCUCCAGCACCUUCUGCAGCCCACACCUUAUUGUCGUUCGGCGCCCUUGGCCCCCGUAUUCCCCUCCUCCUUCAUCUCUCUCUCUCUCUCUCCUCCCGCAGUGCUCGGGUGCGCCUGCGCCCCGAGCCAUCCUGCACCUCGAUGUCCUUCCUCCAUAGACAAGUCCGGCGUGGCUCGGAGGCGGUCGGGCCUGUACGAGAGGCGGUGGCGGCGGCGGUUGGUCGACGAGGCGUUAGAGUCAGUUGCCUCUCCAUGGAUCGCGUUUGUUUCCGUGUC